AGUGGAUCAAACUGAAUUGUCUUAUUUAAUCAUUUGCUCCAUUAUUUGGGUUGUACAUCGCUCGGUGUUUUACAGCCACGUAGCCCCGCCGGAGCUCCGAUCUCUCACCACCUUGCCUUUUGUUUUUGUCGAUCGUGUGUGUGUAUGUGUGAUUCGCCCCCCCACCCCUCUCUCCCUUUUCCGCCGUGUUAUGCAGGGGACUUGUGAAUGGCAGCCAAUGGGAGGGUGAGUCCCCUCAGCCUCUCUGACAUCCACAGCGAGAAGUGAUGCAGCGCGGCUGAGACGCGCAGUCGGGGUGGAACAACGGGCAACAAAAGCUGCAGCGAGCGGAUACACUUGGCUCCGACGAGCGCCUCAUCGACCCUGGGAAAUUCUCCUCGCUGGAAUAAACUUCAUUAAUCAGGUGCUGAUUGCCUUCUGAUGUGAGUCCGAGGAGCCUUUCCUGCUUCAGUAGAUUACAGCAUGAGAGCUGAGCCGAUACUCUGACCAAAAACCACCAGACACAGAGCGCUGAGGGGUUGGAGAAGACAGAAAGUUGUGGUGGUGCGGCCAUGGAUAGAAGGAAAGUUUAUGCACUGAUGAUGCUGUGGGCUAUGGCUCACCUCAGCUCUCCGGGAUUGGGGCUCAGGGCCCUUCGAAGGACUACAGGGGGGCGCAGGGGGGCAGAGGGACUGAUGGGACAGGAUGCCAACGGAGUGCCGCUCAGGCGCUCUAAACGAGGGUGGAUGUGGAACCAGUUCUUUCUGUUGGAGGAGUACACUGGGACAGACAUGCAGUAUGUUGGAAAGCUUCACUCAGAUGCAGACCGAGGAGAUGGCAGCGUAAAGUACGUCCUCAACGGGGAAGGAGCGGGGACCCUCUUCAAGAUAGAUGAGAAAUCAGGGGACAUCCACGCCACCAAGAGGCUGGACAGAGAGGAGAAGGCCUACUACAUCCUCCGUGCCAAGGCUGUCAACCGCUUCACCAAUGAGGCACUUGAGGGAGAAUCUGAGUUCAUCAUCAAGAUCCACGACAUCAAUGACAACGAGCCGCGCUUCACAAAGGAUCCAUACAUGGCCUCGGUGCCCGAAAUGUCUGACAUCGGCACCUCAGUCAUUCAGGUGACGGCCACAGACGCUGACGACGCCACGUACGGGAACAGCGCCAAGGUGGUGUACAGCAUUCUGGAGGGCCAGCCGUACUUUUCUGUGGACCCAGAAACCGGCCUGAUCAAGACAGCCCUGCCUGGCAUGGACAGGGAAGUCAAAGAGAACUACCAGGUUGUGAUCCAAGCUAAAGACAUGGCAGGACAGAUGGGAGGACUCUCAGGAACCACAACAGUCAGCAUCAUCCUCUCCGAUGUCAACGACAACCCGCCACGCUUCACCAAGACUCUGUAUGAGUUCAGAGUGCCUGAGUCCAACGAGCUGGGGUCUGCGGUGGGAGUCAUCCGGGCCAUGGAUGCCGACAUCGGCCAGAAUGCACAGAUGGACUACAGGAUCAUCGGGAGCGAUGGCCCAGGGAUGUUUGACAUCACCACCAACAGGAGCACACAGGAAGGCGUCAUUUUACUGAGGAAGCCUCUGGACUUUGAGAAGAAGCGCCAGUACAGUCUGCUCAUUCAGGUGGAAAACGUCUACAUCAACCCUCGCUUCUACUCCAUGGGCCCCUUCAGGGACGAAGCCACCAUCAAGAUUAUCGUGGAGGAUGUGGAUGAGCCACCGGUGUUUCAGCGCGCCAACUACAUCAUGGAGGUCAAAGAGGACGCGGCCACGAAUACGGUCGUGGGCUCGGUCAGCGCGACCGAUCCUGACGACAAACACAGUCUUGUCAGGUACACUAUUGAUCGCCGUACAGACAUGGACAGAGUGUUCAACAUCCAUGCAGGCAACGGGUCGUUGUUCACCCUCAGGGAGCUGGACAGAGAGGAGAACGCCUGGCACAACAUCUCAGUCAUCGCCACAGAGUUCAACAACCCGCGACAGAUCAGCCGUGUGCCCGUAUACAUCCGAGUGCUGGACGUCAACGACAACGCUCCAACAUUUGCCACCAAUUAUGAGACGUUUGUGUGUGAGAACGCAAAGGCUAAUCAGAGGAUACAAACUGUGAGUGCCAUAGAUCCUGAUGAGCCUCUCGGAGGACACCGGUUCAUCUUCAGUCUGGCCCCAGAAGCUGUUGGAAAGGCUAACUUCUCUGUCCGUGAUAACAAAGACAACACGGCCUGGAUCCUAACACGGAGGAACAGCUACAACAGUCUUCAGAAGAGCAUCUACCAUGUGCCCGUUGUCAUUUCUGAUGGAGAGUUUCCUAUGCAAAGCAGCACCAACACAUUGACCAUCAGAGUAUGCACCUGUGAUCGUGAGGGCAACAUGAAGCUCUGCAAUCCUGAGGCGCUCACAGCAAGGGCGGGACUCAGCACCGGAGCCCUAGUGGCCAUUUUACUCUGCGUCAUCAUUCUGCUCAUGAUCGUGGUGCUGUUUGCUGCCCUGAGGAGACAGAGGAAGAAGGAGCCUCUGAUCAUCUCCAAAGAAGAUGUCAGAGACAACGUUGUCAGCUACAAUGAUGAAGGAGGAGGAGAGGAGGACACUCAGGCCUUUGAUAUUGGCACACUGCGAAACCCAGAGGCCAUCGAGGAGAGUAAACAACGGAGGGAUAUAGUCCCAGAGACCUUCUAUCCUCCGGUCCGCCGGCCUGUGCUGCCCCCAACUCGGGACAAUAACGGGGAUGUGAGAGACUUCAUCAACCAGAGGCUCCAGGACAACGACAGCGACCCAACAGCGCCACCCUACGACUCCCUGGCCACCUAUGCCUACGAGGGUAACGGCUCCAUAGCAGACUCCCUCAGCUCGCUGGAGUCGGUGACCACCGAGGGCGAUCAGGACUACAACUAUCUGAGCGAGUGGGGCCCCCGGUUUAAGAAAUUGGCAGACAUGUACGGGGGAGACGACAGCGACAGGGAUUCCUAACGACAGCCUGGCACAGACGAGGAGAGAAAUGUGAAAGAAAACAAACUUUCAGGCAGUUACGGUGGACGUUUGGUGGGUUAGACGUCAAAAAGGACAGAGACGACCACCGCUGGUGCUCCUUCACCGCCUUUGAUCGCCAUUCAGUUGUCCCUCCAGUGACCAGACGUAGGCUUUCUGUGUCCAGUCAGUGUUAGUUGCGUUUUUCGCAGGGAUGCAGUAAAACAAGACUUUGUGUCAAGACUUUUUCUUUGUGUGUGUGUAUCUGGGGUGAACAUGGGGCCCAAAAAUACCUAUACUGAUGAUGUUUUUGUUUGUUUUUCCAAAGCUGCCUGUGAUGGACACACUCGACAAGCAGUUUUGUAAACCAACAGAUAUGCCUACGUAUUUUUCAGUGUUUCUGGGACAAAAACUUGCUGCAUAUUGUGAGUUCUAUCUUAGCUUGUGUAUGUACGGUAAUAUGAUAAAUCGCUGUACAGUUUUUUUUUUUUGUGUUUUUUUUUUUUUAGGGAUUUCUAUCUGAAAUGAUCCCCCUCUUUGGCAAUGGCUGCCUAACGUUAACAACUUAUCCACAGUUUGGUUUGAGCCACAAGAAAAUGGCAAACCUUACUGCAGGUUGGAAAAGAGUGGCACUUAUGUGUUGCGACGCUACACAUGUUCAUAAACGCAGAUGUAAAGCCGUGGAAAAGGACUGCGGGAUUUACGGCAGCCGAAAACGUCCAUAAACACAGCAGUUUGUCAUUUUUACAGUGUUUGAUUUUCAUCUCCUCACAGCCUUGAGUGUUCGCUGUGAGGUGAGCUGAAAUACCAAAUAUUUCCAUUUGGAAGCAAAUGUUGUAGGUCAUUUUUCUGGUGGCUGAACAAUGUGUUUGUUUCUACGCUACUGUGAAAAUUCACCAGUCGAAGGAGGAAAAUACUGGUCUUGCUGGACUUUUUUGCUGACUUGACAAAGCCACAUUUAACUUGGUAGGUACCAUUAAAAUUCAUUAUACAAUUAUAUUUUCAUCCUCUAAACACUUCAUUGAAUCUACUUCAGAUGAUAAAGAAAAUUUCACAUUUGAAGUAGCUUUCCAAAUAGUGAAUUUCCACUGAAAUCUGAACAUGAUCAAUUCCUGCCAUUUGUAAAGCUUAUGAAAUUAUUUAAAGGAGAUGCCUUAAAUAAAAAAAAAAAACAAGAGUCUAGACAAUGACAACUUCUGAUUCUCUCCAUGUUCUUGACUUUGGGGUCAGGCUAUUCGCAUAAGGUAAAAAAAGAGCGUAAAUGUACUGCUUUACCAACAGUACAAUAAAAGGCAAUUAGGCAUGAUGGUUUUUCUUGCUUUUAAGAGAAAAUCUACAUUGUGUCCUGAGAGGGGCUCUGACCUGCACAGUGGAAUGUAUAAUAAAGUAGGAGUGCUGUAGCAGAAAUGUGCCAAAAGCAAAGAAAACCAGUAUUUUCCUUUUAAGAGUCUCCCAUAACUGUAAUUUGUCCCCCUUCUCCCAAUCACGUGUACUGUCCGUUGUACUGAAGCAUGGACCUGAAAGGAACAGGCUUUACCCAACUGAUUUCCUGUGGGACCCCCAGCCUCUUCCAUAAAGAUGCUCAUCAAGGGGCACCUGACCUUUGAGUGGAGCAGAAUUAGGCUUUUAAACCCAGAAGAGCAUCCUCGGCUCAGAGAGAAGGUUAGAACAUGGACGAGGACACGUGAAGGGUUUAGAUUUAGACGUGAUUUUAGAGCGAGCAGAAAAUGCUCCUCAAGCAGCAGUGUUGUUAAAUUACUCUAAGACCUCCAAACUAUGAGGAAAACCAGAGGAGGCUGACCUGAAAAACACAGCAGCAACAACAUGCUCUGCCCUCACUUUAACAAAAGGCCAACCUGUGAAGAGGCUGACAUUUGUCAGACAUUUCAAACCAUAAUAUCGCAACACAAUGGAAUAAUUGCUAGACAUGCUACUUUUUUCCCUCCACGUCGCCGACGGUGCAGGCCAUUAAACCGGCCCACUGAUUACACAUUGGUGGCAUGACACUUUUAUACACAUGUGUUCUCUUCUUGGAACCUUUGUUUUGCUUAUGAGCUUGUUGCAUUGUGCGAGUGGCCAUUUCAGACUGCAGCAUUGCUAUGAUAAGCAUUAAAUGGGUUUAACAAAACCCUUAACUGUAAAGAAAAACGCUUGUCUGCCUCAAGGUGCAAUGCAAGAUCUCAAAUGGAAAUCGACAUGACAGCAUUUCUAGCUUCGGUCUACACAUAUUACCGUCUUUACACAGGGUGUCAAGCAUAUCGCCGUUACAAAGACGUGCUUGUGUUUUUUCCUAUGGAGAGAGUAACUGCCUCCACGCUCGUGGUAACGCACAUCGGUUUUAUUUUCUUGUGUGUGUUGAGGAAACUAGACAGAGGCGCUGAAGUCCCCCCUCAGAUACAGUAGCUCUGUGGUUGUUGUGUAGAUGCUGUCGGCCUCUGAUGGGGCUCGCCUCUACUAAUCUAUAAUAUUUCGGUGGCAAUGUGAUUGAGCAGUUAAGUUUUGUCAAUGUAGAAACAAUCUGAGGGUUUGUGGUAGUGUAAGGGGCCCAAAAUCAUUGGCCGUCCAUCAAUCUGCUUUGUAAUCCGUGAUAUUUUGUACUGAAUAUUUAUAUGACACGAUUAAAUAUGUUAAAAAUC